GUGUUGUAUUUUGUGCCUUUUUGUUUUCCCCCAGGUGGUUCACUGCCCCAUGAAGAAGCUUCACUGGUUGUGAAUAAAGGGGAAGAAUUAAGGUUGAGGUGCAAUGAAAAUGGGCCUGUGACUUGGAAUUUCCAGAACUCGGACCCAUCGGCAAAAGCAAGGAGUUCCAAUGAGAAAGAGUGGUACACCAAAAAUGCAACAGUCAGAGACACGGGGAGAUACACGUGCAAGAGCAAAGGGAGUAUUGUCAACUCUUUUUAUGUUUUUGUUAAAGAUCCAAAUGUGCUCUUCCUUGUUGAUUCUCUCAUCUAUGGGAAAGAAGACAGUGACAUCCUGCUAGUGUGCCCACUAACAGAUCCAGAUGUUUCAAAUUUCACACUGAGAAAAUGUGAUGGCAGACGUCUUCCCAAAAAUAUGACGUUCAUUCCCAAUCCCCAGGAAGGCAUCAUUAUAAAGAACGUGCAGAGGUCAUUUAAGGGCUGCUACCAGUGCUUGGCCAAGCACAACGGAGUUGAGAAAAUAUCUGAGCACAUUUUUCUGAAUGUGAGGCCAGUUCACAAAACUCUUCCUGUCAUUACCUUAUCCAAAAGCCAUGAGCUUCUUAAAGAAGGAGAAGAAUUUGAAGUUACAUGCAUAAUCACGGAUGUGGAUAGCAGUGUACAAGCUAGCUGGAUUUCUCACAGAAGUGCGAUUGUUACAAGCAAAAGCAGAAAUUUGGGUGAUUAUGGAUACGAAAGGAAAUUAACAUUGAACAUCCGUUCAGUGGGAGUUAAUGAUUCUGGAGAAUUCACAUGCCAAGCAGAAAAUCCGUUUGGAAAAACCAAUGCCACAGUAACCUUGAAAGCACUAGUUAAAGGAUUUGUCCGUUUGUUUGCAACAAUGAAUACCACAAUAGAUAUAAACGCAGGACAAAAUGGAAAUUUAACAGUUGAAUAUGAGGCAUAUCCAAAACCGAAGGAAGAACUCUGGAUGUACAUGAAUGAAACAUUACAGAAUUCAUCAGACCAUUAUGUCAAGUUCAAGACUGUGGGCAGUAACAGUUAUACAAGUGAACUUCACCUUACCCGAUUAAAAGGAACAGAAGGAGGCAUUUACACAUUUUUGGUGUCCAAUUCUGAUGCCAGCUCCUCUGUAACAUUUAAUGUCUAUGUGAAAACAAAACCUGAGAUUCUUACUCUGGAUAUGCUUGGCAAUGGUAUUCUCCAGUGUGUAGCAGCUGGAUUCCCAGCCCCAACCAUAUACUGGUAUUUUUGCCCAGGAACCGAGCAGAGGUGUUUUGAUUCACCAGCAAUAUCCCCCAUGAAUGUCAGUUACACAAAUUCGUCAGUGCCAUCAUUUGAACGAAUCCUGGUUGAAAGCACCAUCAACGCCAGCAUGUUCAGGAGCACUGGCACCGUGUGCUGCGAGGCCUCCAGCAAUGGGGACAAGAGCUCUGCUUUUUUCAACUUUGCUAUUAAAGAACAAAUCCGUACCCAUACCCUUUUCACCCCUUUACUAAUUGCAUUUGGAGUUGCUGCAGGGCUGAUGUGCAUCAUAGUCAUGAUUCUGGUGUACAUAUAUUUGCAGAAACCCAAAUAUGAAGUUCAGUGGAAAGUUGUUGAAGAAAUAAAUGGAAACAACUAUGUUUACAUAGACCCAACGCAACUUCCUUAUGAUCACAAAUGGGAAUUUCCUAGAAACCGAUUGAGUUUUGGUAAAACCCUCGGUGCUGGAGCUUUUGGAAAAGUUGUUGAAGCCACUGCUUAUGGUCUGUUUAAAUCUGAUGCUGCUAUGACAGUAGCAGUAAAGAUGUUGAAAACAAGUGCCCAUUUAACAGAAAGAGAAGCCUUGAUGUCAGAGCUUAAAGUGCUGAGUUACCUUGGAAACCACAUUAAUAUCGUGAAUCUACUCGGAGCUUGCACUAUUGGAGGUCCCACUCUAGUCAUCACAGAGUAUUGCUGCUAUGGUGAUCUUUUAAAUUUUCUGAGACGGAAACGAGAUUCAUUUAUUUGUCCAAAACAUGAAGAACAUGCAGAAACAGCAGUUUACGAGAACCUUUUGCAUCAGGCAGAGCCUGCAGCUGAUGUUGCCAAUGAGUACAUGGACAUGAAACCGGGAGUGUCAUAUGCAGUCCCACCAAAACCUGAUAAAAAAAGACCAGUGAAGUCUGGAUCCUACACCGAUCAGGAUGUUACUCUUUCUGUGUCAGAAGAUGAUGAACUUGCUCUAGAUGUUGAAGAUUUACUAAGCUUUUCUUACCAGGUGGCAAAGGGCAUGAGCUUCCUUGCCUCCAAAAAUUGCAUUCACAGGGAUCUGGCUGCAAGAAAUAUUCUUCUCACUCAUGGUCGAGUAACAAAAAUCUGUGACUUUGGCCUGGCAAGAGACAUAAGAAAUGACUCCAAUUAUGUGGUCAAAGGAAAC